AUGGUGUCGCAUUUGUAUAGAGAAGUCGACCCUCCUCUCGGCAGCGCCACCCGCAAGCGAAGUGCUCUGGCGUCGCCCGCCCCGUGCUUUUCCCAAAGGGGCCCAUACGCGCCCGCGUCCUGCGGGCUUCGCUUUAGACGCGUCGACAGCAGCGCACAACAACAACAGAACUUCUUCAAGAACACCAAUUCUUACAAACACUACUCUGUGGCUAUCUGUCCUGAAGCCAGCGCACCUGGACAGGAGUGUGUCGAGUGUCACAGCUACAGCUGCGGGAAUUGCGGCGCUGUUGUAGCAUCACCUGACACUAAGAAAGCGGAAUGGAUGUGCAACAUGUGCAUGAAGCGCACCAAGAUGGGGCCCAUGGGCUGGCGCCCCGGCCAGCAGCCCCCGACGCAGGGGCAGGUCCCCGGCCAGCCCUCGCAGCAGUCCGCCCCUGGGAGCGCGGGCCCCCUGGGCUCGCUGGGCGCGCUGGGCGGCCUGGGCCAGCUGGGCGGCGGCUCCCUGCACGACGACAAGACGCACGCGCCGCACGCCCCCAUGCACCAGCAGCCCGGCCAGCAGGCGCAGCAGCAGGCGCAACAGUCCCCGCGCGCUCAGCUGCGCGCGCAGAAGUCGCUGGACGGCCGGCCGCUCAGCGAGCUCGGCUCCUCCCUCGGCUCCGCCAAGAGUGCGGGAGAUAUGGGUGCGUUGAACGGCUUCGUCGGGUCAGAGCUGGGGCAUGGAGGCCCAGGCUCCCAGUAUGGAGAGCAACGUUCCGAAUUCAGCGUUUCAGGAUUUCUCAAAAAUGAGUUGCAAUCUUUAAAGAAUCAACAACAACAAAGCGUUCAAAGUUUACAACAAAGUUUGCAACAAAGCGGUUUGCAGUCACAAGCAAUGCAGCAAAGUCUUCAACAGCAGAAUUUACAAGGUCUGCAGCAAACUGGCCUUCAGCAAGGAUUACAAACCAGUUUGCAACAAGGAUUACAGCAAGCAGGUUUACAACAACAAGGUUUACAACAACAUAGUUUACAAUCGAGUUUGCAACAACAGACUUUAUCUCAGCAAGGUUUACAACAAACAGGGUUACAGCAGACUAGUUUACAAUCUCAAAGUUUACAACAAGAAGCUCUCCGUCAACAACAACAACAACAGCAACAAAAACAAGAGUACCAACAACAAUUGCAACAACAACAGCAACUCCAGCAACAGCAACAACUCCAGCAACAGCAACAACUCCAGCAACAGCAACAACUUCAGCAACAGCAACAACUCCAGCAACAACAACAACUUCAACAACAUCAUCAACUCCAUCAGCAGCAACUACAACAACAGCAGCAAAUCCAACAACAAAAUUCCACCGUUCAACAAACACAAGUCUUACAACAGCAGCAACAGCUUCAUCAACAGCAACAGCAGCAGCAACAACAGAUACAACAACAGCAGCAGCAACAACAGCAGCAACAGAUGCAACAACAGCAACUUCAGCAACAACUUCAGCAGCAACAGCAAUUGCUUCAGCACCAGCAGCAAGUUCACGCUCAGCAACAAAUUCAACAUCAAAGGCAGCUGCAGCAACAACAAGAGCAAACGGAAUCCCUUCAGAAGCAGAUCCAAAUGCUCCAGGCGCAACAAGCGACCGGCGUGCAAGCGCUGAAGAACAAGCAGAAGCUGAUGGACCUGCAG